UGCAAACACGGAAAUAGUGAAGGUAGACGUCAGCGUUGCAUAUGUGGAGGAUUCAUAGGUUUUUCUCAAUAUAAUAAUAUUCGCUUGGUUGUACAGGUAUCUGUAUAGUGCCACAGGUGUUUAUUGGUUUGCCUUUUCGGUCUAUGGAGUUGCUGCAGCUGCUAUCAUGUGCGUGCAUCAUAUUCACCGUCGGGAUGUUCUCGACAGGAUUGACAGACUUGAAGAAAAUGAGGGCCACUCAGAGUGCGGAUAAUGUUCAGUUUCUGCCCUUCCUUACCACAUGCUUAAAUAAUCUAGGUUGGCUGUACUAUGGAUUACUAAAGGGUGAUGGAACGGUGAAACUUGUCAACACCAUUGGAGCCACUUUACAGAGUCUAUACAUCAUCACCUAUUGUCAUUAUACCAAAGAGAAGAGGCGUGUGUUCACACAGACACUGGUGAUGGUGUGUGUGUUGUGUGUAGGCUGGUUUUAUUUCAGUAUGGUGAUUCCUCCUGGAGAAACACAGCUCUCUCAGCUUGGCCUCGCCUGCAGUGUUUUCACCAUCAGCAUGUACUUGUCUCCACUCGCUGAUCUCAAUACAUCUCUCCUUCCUCAAAAAAACAUUUGUGCUCCUUAUUUCCACCAGUUGGAGAUUGUGCGCACUAAGUCUGUGGAGAGGCUGUCUUUCUCCCUGACCGUUGCAACAUUCUUUACAUCUGCGUCAUGGACGCUGUAUGGCCUUCAGCUUGGAGACUAUUAUAUCAUGGUGCCCAACACCCCAGGCAUUUUUACUAGCCUCAUCCGCUUCUUCCUCUUCUGGAGGUUCGGUGCCAUCAUUCAAAAUAAGCCCUCCUAUAAACUCAUCCAAAUCUGAGAGGGUAUGGAGAUUCAUUUAAUCUGAUUGAAAUUAAUUAAGUGCCUUCUCCACUUUCCUUAACCUAAACCAUGAGGGGUUCUGGUUGCUUGAUAUCAAACUGUCUUGAGACCCUCUGAAUAACACCUCUCCCCUUCCCGUCUUAUGAAACUGACAAUUUAAAGAUGAAGUGUGUCAAUCUGUGCCACUAGUGUCACUAAGUGUAAUUGCAAAUAUUUAAUUUUUCAAAUAUGUUGUUUAUAAUAACAAUAAUAAUAAUAAAAUACUGUUAUCAGUCAGGUUUUUCCAACAAUCCUACUGUCUUGUGUUGGUUGGCCAAACAGAUAGUCCUGCCCAAAAUGCACACCAUUGGUGAGCCAAUGUUGCUUUGUCAGGCCACUUAAACAAGGUUUUAUUGUGCAACAGUGUUUACUCUUUUUGGAAAAUCAACCUACCAUUGGCUGUGUCUGGCUCUGCAUAUAAGGUGGGCAUAAGAGAAAGUAUUUUCAUAGAAACCUUAAAAAAAUUGCACACUUCACCUUUAAAUUUGGCUGAAACAUUUUUCAGGGAAGAGCAUUCUUUCAUACUCUCAGUUUGUUUGUCAAGUUUUGCCUGCACUAUUAUAGAUCAGAUCACUAUUUAAUCAGUGACCAAAUCAGCAAACUUGACACACCCCAAACUCAAACCUGUUUCAGACAUUUCUCUGACAUUCAUAUGUUAGUAUUAAACAAGUAUCUUUUUUUGCUUUGGUACACAAGUUUCUGCGUGGCCUUUGUGAAAGUGUCACGCUUUGUUAACCUCUUAUCUAAUGAUUGCAGUGUUUACAAAUUGUACGUUAAUCAUACCCUCCUUCAGCUUUGUAAUAGCAUAGUCAUAUACUUAAACUGUUACCAAGUGGCAGUUUGGCAGCUAUUUAAUCAGUGCCCAACUCGGCAGAAAAGUUAAAGUUUCUUUCAAUCAGACAAUGGUAACCCUAAAUCUAAGUGCAGAAAGUGCAGAGAACAGCACAACCCACUUCAUAGUUUUAAUUGGUCUCCUCUGUCCCAGCCGUAAUCUUUCACACCUCAGUUCACAGAUCUCGAUAUUGAGUAAAGCAUCAAUAUGCCAUUCACAUAUCUGCGGAGAUAUUCCUUGCUCAUUCUCUGAAAGUCUUUGUCUGGACAAUGCCACUUCACAUUUUUGUACUUUAUGAUAACUUUAUAAAGACAUGACAUGCACUGAAGAAAAUCUAUUUCUUACUCAGCAUUUUUGUCUUGUUUUUCAGUAAAAAUAUCUAAACAUUCUUAAAUAAAAUAAUUUACUUGAUAAGUAAAAUUGCAUAAGAUCUUAAGUCUUGUUUUAAGAGAAGUCUAAUAAAAUUGAGUGAGGUUUAUGCUUAAAACAAGAAACUAUUAUAGCCAAUCAAAAAAAAAAAAAAAAAAACUGGUUUCCGUUUGAAUGAAGUUUAGUUUUCUUACCCCAUUGAUAGUUUUUUUCUUAUUUUCUCUGACUUCUCUGAAAGCAAGACUUAAUAUCUUAUGCAGUUUUGUUUCUCAAUGUAUCUUGUAUCUUUAAGGAUGUUUAGAUAUUCUUAAUGGAAAAUGACAAAAAUACUGAGUAAAAUGUUUUUAUUUUUUUGCAGUGUGAUUUAACCCAAAGUAUACUUUGGUCAGACACGAACACUGAGUGUCUGCAUACAGGAUGCAUGAUGCAAAUUUAAUCAUCAGCAGAGUGCUCGAGCAUGGAAUGGGUCCAGCUUAGUGAAUUGGUGAUUUGCACUAAUUAGUGUAGUGCAAGGGAUGGCAACACUCACAUUUGAGCUGUUGCUGUCACGAAUUAGCGCUAGAAGAUUUAAACGCUGCUAAAUAACAGGAGACAAAGGUAAAUACAACAACAGUGGAUGUGCACAUCAAGAGUGUGUGUGUGUGAGGAGGUCAGGAUAUUUAUUUAUUUAUUACUGCAUUUAUUUUAUGGGUCUAAACUCCUGCAGAGAAACCGAAGUAUACUUUAGGCUUUAGUGGGGUAGUGCAUGUGCUCUGACAUGUUGCACAGAGGCCCUUAUGUGUGGGCAACCUGAGUUCGAAUCCGGCUCGGGACAGUUCCUGACUCCCCCAUUUCCUGUUUCUUCUCUGUUCUAUCAGUUAAAGGCAAAAGAAAACCUAAUAUAAUAAUAGUAAACAAUAACUUCACACAUUCCCCUACCUUGGAGAAUGGAGAACACCAAAGCUGCACAAAAUAUGAAGGCUUUACUCACUGUGAGUAAGGGUGACAUUUUUUCAAGGAUACUCAUGGAGCAAACAUUAGCAAAUUCAACAGAUUACUUAUUGAUAACCCAUAUGAUGGCAGAAUGAAAUCUUUAGCAAUCACUAUGAAUGUGUCUUUGCAUAUACUAAAACAGUUUGACCUGUGACUGACAUAAAUUGCCAGGCUGUAAAGCCUUAUUGGGUCUUACUGUACAUCAUUAGGUACUUUAUUCUAUAAAGGCUCUUGUUCACAAUGGGCUUUGUAAAUAAAAAAAGGUUAUGAUGAUUUAUAACUUUUUUGUUUUGUAUUGUUUAUGUAUUUGAUAUUGCACCAUUAUACAAUGUUUUGUGGCUUAAUCUUCAAAGUCUUUAUAUUCCUUUGUACAAUUUUAUAUCCUAUGCAACAAUGUAUAUUACAUUAUAUUUAGAGGGAUGUUCUUUCUGGAGUUUUCUGAAAAAUGGCUGAAAUAAAUUUGUAUGUAACAUUCAGUGUCUGGCUUAGAGAGACUUAGAGAAGAAGUUAUGAGAGCUUAGCGUUGGAAUGCAGUUGAUUUUCUUUGGUCUCAAAGAGGAUCAACGCCGAUUGUGAGAUGAAAACGCAUAUAGGUGUAUUGGCAGACAUUUUAACUUCUGUGGGAAUUUACAACAUUAUUUCUCGCUAUCAGGUGUUUGUUUUUGUAUAGCUCUUCUCAAACACUUGUUGGUGUAUGUAUGUGUUUUUUUUUUUUUUGUUUGCCUGUUUGUAGUUUGUCUUGUUUAACAGGAGUAAAUACAGUGGGAACCGUCUGCUUGCUGUUUCUCAGUGCCUGUCUAGUCUUUACAUGCUUUUCCUGCCUGCUGCUUAGAGAAAGACAUGAAAGAGGAAAAGGAUUGUCGGUGAUGAUUGUUUAUCAGAAGAGUGUUUCUAAAAGAAAGAAGAGAAAAUUAUUUAACUGCAAUUGGCAAAGCUUGUUUUGUCAGAGUGUUGACCAUGUCAGUCUCGCACCUGAUUUUUACCAUUCUGAAAUCAUGUUAACACAUAUAAUGUUCAUGUCUGGUGUCUAUACUUUUGAAAAGUUUUUUUUUUUUUCUUUUUUUUUUCUCCCCAAUUUGGAAUGCCCAAUUUCCAAUGUGCUCUAAGUCCUCAUUGUGGCGUAGUGAUUCGCCUCAAUCUGGGUGGCGGAGGAUGAAUCUCAGUUGUCUUCGCGUCUGAGACCGUCAAUCAGCACAUCUUAUCACGUGGCCUGUUGAGCGCGUUACCGUGGAGCCGUAGCGUGUGUGGAGGCUUCAUGCUAUUCCCCGCGGCAUCCACGCACAACUCACCACACGCCCCACCGAGAGCGAACCAUAUUAUAGUGACCACGAGGAGGUUACCCCAUGUGACUCUACCCUCCCUAGCAACCGGGCCAAUUUGCUUGCUUAGGAGACCUGGCUGGAUGAAACUGUAUUUUAAUGUCUAUGGACUGGUCCCAUUUACUUUUGAUUGUAAGUGCCUUUCUGUAACUGCAGUUUUUGCUUAUUUUGUUAAAUAAAUGAGAGAUGAUUCAAAAUAACCAUUUGUGGUAAUCAACAUUAAGCCACAAAUGUUGUUGAUUGAGCUUGAUUAUAAUUUAACCUGAAACAUUCCUUUGACCCUUGUGUUGUGUUCGUUUGUGCUAACACCUUUUGUGUUCCUGGUCAAAAAUGACCGGCCCACUAAGAUUUGUUAUUUUUUUAUCCCCUUUUCUCCCCAAUUUGGAAUGCCCAAUUCCCACUACUUAGUAGGUCCUCGUGGUGGUGUGGUUACUCACCUCAAUCCAGGUGGCAGAGGACAAGUCUCAGUUGCCUCUGCUUCUGAGACAGUCAAUCCACGCAUCUUAUCUCGUUGUACAUGACACCGCGCACAACUUACCAUGCACCCCAUUGAGAGUGAGAACCACUAAUCGUGACCACGAGGAGGUUACCCCAUGUGACUCUACCCUCCUUGGGCCAAUUUGAUUGCUUAGGAGACCUGGCUGGAGUCACUCAGCACACCCUGGAUUUGAACUCACGACUAGGGAGCUAUCCAGGCCUCGCCCACUAAGAUUGUUAAUAAAUCUCUCAUAUUGCAUAUAUUAUCCCAUGACAUUACAUUACAUCUUUUUGUCAACUUUUUUAGGAAUUAUGACUGGUUUUUUUGUCCUUUUUUGAACAUAUUAAAAAAUAUAGUGUAUACGUAUCGAUAAAAGGAUUCAUUGAACUGAGCUUAUACCGGGCAAGCGGGGGGCCACUCCCUGCAGAAAAAAUAGAAAAAAUAAUAAUAGUUAUGUAAUAAAUUAAUAACCACUUGCUUGAUCUUAAAAAAAUAGCUGGCAGUUUAAAGCUUAGAAUCCGGACUUGCAUAGAGCUGAAACUACCUAUUCUUAAAAAAUGCUUUUUAAUUUGCUGAAAAACUAGAGCUAUUUAAUUCUCAUAAAUGGCAAAUUUGUUGUCACAACAAUUAUGUAUAUUCAGUGUUGGUUAAAACAUAAAAAAGAUGAUAUAGCAAUGUGUUAUAUAUCGUUGGAAAGGUCUCAAUUUGUAAAAUGCAGUGAGCAAAUUGUUUUCACUCAGACACCAAACGGCAGUAAGUAUUAGUGUAUGAAAUUUCCACUGACACACAUAAAUAUAAGCAGGAGUAUCUUUUUGUCACGAUUUUUUUUCUUAUUACUUCCUGAAACAUAAAUAUAACGUAGACAGUGACAUAUAAUAACUUACAGCAGACUAUCCUGAUUCAAACGAGCCCAAACACAACAUAUUAUGUUAAGUAGAUCUUGAAAUAUUCCUCAAAGAGUGUACAUGGAAAGACGAUGCACAAAAGGGCACUCAACACACUUUUGUGUGUGUGUGUGCAUGUGUGCACAUGUCCAAGGACACAUCCAUGUAUGUGCUCAUCUAAAGAAUUAAGAUGCUCCUGAACUCUUAAUAUUUCUGUAUUUUGUUGUCUAUUCCAUUCAUUUCCAAUGGCUGGUCACUAUAGACCGGGAACACCACAGGUAUAACAAAGUGAAAUAAAACCAUUGAAAUUGUAUGAAAAUUAUCUAAAACAAAUGUGUGUGUUCAGAUGCCCUGUUUGAAGUCAUGGAAUUUUAUUCCAACUGGAUGAAAUAAACUACAGUUUUCAAGAAAAAAAAAAGUUAAUUAGUUUCGACCAGAACACAAUAUAAGGGUUAAGAAUCAUGUUGGUAAUUAUUCAUAAUUACGUCUUCAGCAUAUUAUUGUCAUAUAAACCAUACCUUUGAAUCAAACUUUAAGAUUUCAUGAUGCAUUGCAUCAUUAGUUAAAUAAUUGUAAUUGCCGAUCAAGUUUUUACACCCCUGCUAACUUAGCUGAUUACUUAGCUAUCAGGUAAUCUGUACACCAACAUCACAAGGCGAGCUGAAAACUGACAGCAACUCUCAGUUAACUUUUGGCAUUGGAUUAAAGAAAAAUUUAUUUCCUUGAAUCAAAAAUGGCAUGCAAACCAUGGCAGGGCCAUCAAGCUUAAACAAAGAAGCCAUUUUGUAUAAUUACAACUUUGUAGACUAGCUCUGUUACACAGCAGACAGAUAAAUAAACAGAGAUGGGGCUGGGUGAUAUAGGGAGUGAUGGAUGAUCAUGUAGAGACAGAGAGACUAGACAACACUAACAAUCAACCCACACUGCUUAAGAUUGUGUACAUGUGUACAGCAAAGUGUGUGUAUGUUUAUUAAAAAAAUUCUGUGCCCUGUGCGGUGUUUCUUUCUGUGAAAUCGUCCGUGCAAAUGUGGGUAUGUUAGGAAUCUCAUCUGAUUGAUCUCAGACACUUUGCAUGGUUCUCAUUGCAAACAGCGCAGUAGCUUUAGUGUGGACCUGUGUAUAUGUGUGUGUAUGUGUAUGUUUAAUCAGUGCAACAAUGGGAGUAAACUCAAAAACAGGAUACCUCUGUUUCCUGUAGUAGAGACUGUCUCUGGUAUACACAAAAAAUAUACACACACCUAGAUUGCUGUGCCAUUUAUACUUGACACACAUACAUAUACACAUAUACUUUAACACAUAUAUGACAAUUACUUUUUUGUUGGCACAUUAGAAUAUACUGUAAUUCUCUGUUAUAAAUGUCUCUGUUUCAUUGGAGACUAAAGCUGCACAGUCCUGGAACAAAACAGGCAACAUAACUGGAAAAAAAAAGUUUAUGUAUCAAUUAAUCCUGUUCAGAUGUAUUUGAAUAUGUUUUGGUGCAACCUCCUGCUUUUUCCAUUAUAUCAAAAAAUGUGUGUUUAUCCUUGCCUAUCACUUAAUACAUUAGUGAAAUCUUGAUGUCCGUUGCACGUUCAUGAGCACUAUGAGAGAAGCUCGUUAACAGUGGCUUGCGGGUUCACUCGAGAACUUACGUUGUUUGGUGCUAAAACUAGUUUUCAUGUGAACACGAACAAGUCUCAUAGCACUCAUAAAUGCACAACGGACAUCAAAAUUUUCACUGAAAAAUGACUUGCUGUAACUUCCAGGUUGUUUUUCAUUAAACCCAUUGUAUGCCUUCAGAAAACUUGGAAAAUUACUCAUGGACUACUUUUAUGAUACUUUUGGGUCCCAUUUAAACUUUAAAGUAGGGCUGACAAUUUGCUGCGUUAAUUCAGUGGGAUUAAUUAUAUAUAAAAUAACAUGUUUAAAAAAUUAACACAAUUAAUCAGGCCCCAUACCAUAAUAAAUAAUAUUCCUAUCAUCAGAGAUAUUCAAGCGUGAAGUACCACAUUAUUUUUUUGUUAGUCCUAGUCAGCAGGGGGCAGUAAGCACAACUCCAGCUGUAUGGGCAUCGCACAUUUUUACAGGAAACAAACCUAUUUUAGAACUCCUUUCAAUAAACCAUACUAAGCGACAGCAGACAGCAUAAGAUAAGGCAACAGCUGGAAGGAGUUUAACUCGGAAUGCAGGGAUAUCGAAAUGUGUUUUCAUGCUACAUUUAACCUCAAGCAGUGUCUUAAAAACUCUGUUUAUGACACGACAACCAAAGUGAGACGCUCUAAAAGCGUACGUCUGACGCAUGUUUACGUAGUUCUUAAAAAUAUAUAAGUCUACCUUGGACAGAUUGAUAAAUUCAAAUACAAAAUUAAUUAGUUUGGAUAAGGGUUAUUAUCAUUACUGAAAACUAAAACUAAUAAAAAGCAUUUUCGUUAACUAAAAUAAAAUAAGAUACAUAUAUUGAUUAAAAAAAAAAUAAAAAAAUCUUGCCUUGACAACUAACUAAAAUAAAUUAAAAAAAAAACACAAAAAGUAUAUUUAGUUUUCAUAUUUUUAGUUUUCGUUUGCGAAUAUGUUCAGACACAACAAUAGCACCACAACAAUAAGUAAAGGCAUUCGGUGCCUUGCCUACUCUGUGUCUUCAAAAUGUGUGAGCGGUGUUUAACAGGGUAUACUGUUGUGAUGGCAGUUGGCAGAAAGCAAACAAGUGCCGUGUGUGAGUACUUCGAAUAUGACACAGUGACUCUAAAAAGCAGAUGCAUCUUUGUAUCAUACAAUUCUAUUUGUGGCACCAAAAUAAAUGAAAAAAAAAAAAAAAAGUUGAGAUUGAGGACCAUUAUUGGUAAUUUUGGUUUUGUUUUUCUCUCUGUUUGUUUAAAAUUGCCAUGUUAUUU